GUGAUGCGACUGUUCCAUUUAACAAACAUGGAGGCAAAGGGACCACUUUGGUCUACGACAGAAGUGCAGUUUACUGGAAAUUUGGGCAGACGAGAGAAUACAGGAACAACUGGAUACAACAGACAAGAACUCCGAAAUAUUUGGUAAAAUUUGUGACUAUCUUCUUGCUCAUAGAUACCAAAGAACCAUUGAGCAAUGACGUGACAAGCUGAAAAACUGCGGGUUCAGUAUCUGAAGGUAUGGGAUGCACUCCGUAAAUCUGGCAGGAUGAAUUCCAGCGGUACGAUGCUAUUGACAAUUAGGCAUGUGAGAGGGUCGUGUGUCACCGCACCCCAAAACGACUCCAAAUAAGCCAAAAAUCUGAAGAUGGCCUGAGAAUGAGUCAGAGAUGUGGAAGUGUUGUUCAUUUGUUCUUUUGUACUUGUUUUCAUCCAUUAUGUGCAGGUUAUAUAUGCUGAGAUGACGUCUUUGGGAAGCAGCAGUUCCUCCACAACAGAGUAUAUUGUACGGGUUCCUAAAAACACCAGUAAAAAAUACAACAUAAUGGCAUUCAAUUCUGGCGAUAAAGUCAGUUGUUCCAUAUGGACUCAGGCCCGUAUGGAGCGGGAUAUGAGUAAUAGGCGCAUAUAUGGAGAGGAGGAGACCACGGAGGGGGCGGCUGGCAGUGAGUUUGGAAAGAAACAGAGAGAGGAAGCACGGAGGAAGAAGUAUGGCAUUGUUACAAAGGAGUUCAAGGUGGAGGACCAGCCCUGGAUCCUUAAAGUUAAUGGCAAGGCAGGAAGAAGAUUCAAGGGUCUGAAAAAGGGUGGAAUUACAGAGAAUGCUUCCUACUACAUCUUUACACAAUCUGCUGAUGGUGCCUUUGAGGCUUUUCCUGUACAUGCCUGGUACAACUUCACACCACAGGCCAAGCAUCGUACACUCACAGCUGAGGAGGCAGAGGAAGAAUGGGGAAGGAGGAACAAAGUGGUGAAUCACUUCAAUAUUAUGCUUCAGCGGCAUCUCCGAGAACAGGAGCGAGGAGAGGAGGGUGAGGAGGAGGGAGAGAAAGGGGGGAAGAAAAAGAAAAAGAAGGGAGGCAGAGGGGGAGACCUGCGCAUACAUGACUCGGAGGAAGAUUUGGAAAUGAGCAGCGAUGACAGUGAAGGCAGCAUGGGAGAGGAUGGGGAAGACAAGUCAAAAGCUAAAAAGGACAAAGGCCCCAAAGGCAAGGGAAAAAAGAAGAAAAAGGGCAGCGAUUUUGAGGACAGUGACGAUGGGGACUUCGAGGGGUUAGAGGUGGACUACAUGUCUGAUGAGAGCAGCUCUGAAGAGGAAGAGCCAGAGAAGACAAAGCCCAAUAAAGGAGAGGAUGUACCCAAAGGCAUUGAUGAAAUGUCAGACAGCGAGGAAGAGAGUGAGGAAGAGAACAAGAAUGAGGAGGAUGCAAAGGAGGAAGAAGAGGAGGAAGAUGGGAAAAAGACACCAGUGCAGGUGGAAAAGAAGAAAAAGAAAGACAGCAGUGGAGAGUCGGACAGCUCAGAAGACAGUGAUAUUGAAGGAGAGGCAGCUUCAGCUCUGUUUAUGGUGAAGAAACGCACUCCUCCUAAGCGAGGGGGUGGCCGUGGCUCUGCAGGUAAUUCAAGAACAGGAAGUCGACCUGGCACGCCUUCUAUCGACAACGCUGCCACUUCUAAUACUCUCCGUGCAGCUGCCAACAAAUUGGAGCAAGGUAAGCGCCAGACUGUCGUAUCUAGUUCAGAGACUCCAGCUGCUAAGAGAUUAAAGAUGGAGCCUAGCCCUCAGAGCUCUUCUGGGAAGAGCACUCCCCAGCCAGCAUCAGGGAAAUCCACCCCAAGCUCCAGCGAUGUACAGCUAACAGAGGAUGCCGUGCGUAGGUAUCUCAUCAGGAAGCCCAUGACUACUAAAGACCUGCUGAAGAAGUUCCAGACUAAGCGCACAGGCCUCAGCAGCGAGCAGACAGUCAAUGUGCUUGCCCAGAUCUUGAAGAGGCUUAACCCAGAGAGGAAGAACAUCAAUGACAAGAUGCACUUCUACCUCACUGAGUGAAUUAAACUGAGGAGAGAGUGAAACACUGAACACCAUUGUUUCGGCCAGUCACCAGCAGGCUCUUCUUUAAGAAUACAUUUCAUUUAGAUUAAGACCUACUUGGUCAGAAACAUCUUGAUUUUCUAGCUGUCGUUUUGCUUUAACCCACCCAGCAUUAAUUAACAGUAGUCUUCAAGUACUGUUAAUUGUUACAGUUGAGAGUGCUGGAACAGGACUGAAGAGUAGAAUGAUGAAGUUGAGAGAGCAGAUGGAUUUGUAAAUGGUAACAGAUUAGUGAAAGUGUUUGAAAAUUUCAAACAGAUAAACGGCUCUUACUGCAGAGCAGUGGUGAAAAUUUGAAAACCAGAGAAAAAGUAAUCUCAACUCAGUCCCUCAGCAAAGCUUGUAGGAUUUUGAGAGGGACUCUACACAGAGAAUGCAAUGAAAGGGUACUUUUAGUAAAUGAUAAACAUUAUUAAAUUUGUUUCUUUUUUUUUUUUUUUUUAACCAGUUUAACUUUUUUCUCACCCUUACAAAACACUUUUCCAACAGUGCACUGUUAGAAAGCAGUGUUUAUGCCCCUAGUACUAAAUUAAACUGGUUUUGAAAACUCUGUAGUUUUUGUUCAUUUGUUUUAAAUAUGCUGGUGUUUUUAGUGCAGUAGUGUUUAGUGCUAAGCCACAGUAGUAGAUAGCAUAUAUACAGUGUAUUCAGGCCCCUUCAUUUUUCUUUCACAUUUUAUGUUGCAGCCUUAUGCUAAAAUGCUUCAAAUUGUUUUUUUGUUUUUUUGUCACAUCAAUCUACACUCCAUUCCCCAUAAUGACAAAGCAAAAACCAAAUUUUUGAUAACUUUGCAAAUGUAUUAAAAAGAAAAAACUGAAAUAGCACAUUGACAUACAGUAAGUAUUCAGACUCUUUGCUAUGACACUUGAAAUUUAGCUCAGGGGCAUCCCAUUUCUCUAGAUCAUCUUUGAUAUGUUUCUACACUAUGAUUGAAGUCCACCUGUGGCAAAUUAAAUUGAUUGGACAUGAUUUGGAAAGUCACACACCUAUGUAUAUAAGGUCUCACAGCUGAAAAUGCAUAUCAGAGCAAAAACCAAGCCAUGAGGUCAAAGGAACUGCCUGCAGAGCUCAGGGACAGGAAUGUGUUGAGGCACAGAUCUGGGCAAGGCUACAAAAAAUUUCAGCUGCAUUGAAGGUUCCCAAGAGCACAGUGGCCUCCAUAAUUCUUAAAUGGAAGAAGUUUGGAACAACCAGGACACUUCCUUCAGCUGGCCACCAGGCCAAACUGAGCAAUCAGGGGAGAAGGACCUUGGUAAGAGAGAUGACCAAGAACCUGAUGGCUACACUGGUUUAGCUCCAGAGAUAAUUUGUGGAGAUGGGAGAAACUUGCAGAAGUAUAACCAUCACUGCAACACUCCACUGAUCUGGGCUUUAUGGCAGAGUGGUCAGACUGAGGCCUCUACUCAGUGCAAAACACAUAAAAGCCUGCAAGGAAUGUGCAAAAAAGCACCUAAAGGACUCUCAGACUGUGAGAUAGAAGAUUAUCUGGUCUGAUGAAAUGAAGAUUGAACUGUUUGGCUUCAAUUCAAAGCAUGUCUGGAGGAAACCAGGCACCGCUCAUCACCUGCACAAUAUCAUGCCAACGGUGAAGCAUGGUGGUAGCAUCAUGCUGUGGGGAUGUUUUUCAGCUGCAGGGACUGGUCAUGGUUGAAGGAAUGCUGAACACAGCAAAAUACAGAGAUAUCCUAUAUUAAAAAUGUUUUAUUGAUUCCUAUAUUAACACAUACAAGCAAGAACAUAUACAAACAGAGUCAAUACUUAACCCCCUCUAUUACUACCCCAUUUAUUACAUUUUUUAGAAUUCUAGUCCACACUUCUUCCUCCAAUACCAAAUUCAAAUCUUUUUCCCAUAAUCUCCUGAUAAAGCUAAAGCUCCAUCCCCCAGACUCCGAACCAGCAGGGAGUAAUAAACUGAUGCCUCAUGACCUUUUCCAAAAGCAGUAAUCACCUCUCCCAAAGCAUCUGCCACUUUAAGGGGGUGUGUGCUACUCCCAAAAAUAGUACAGAGCAUGUGGCACAGCUGUAAAUACCUAUAAAACUGAGAUCUGGGAAUCCCAAAAUGAUGACCCAGAUUCUCAAAAGAUCUCAACACUCCACUCUCAUACAGGUCGCCGAGUGUAACAACCCCUCUCACAAUCCACUCUGACCAACAGAAAGGGGACUUAUUGAUACAUAAUUUUGGGUUCGGCCAUAUGCUUGAGGCAACAUUUAAAUAAAUGUCUGAAUUAAAUACUCUGGCCACUCUUGUCCAAAUCAUGUGCAAAUGUGAAAUAAUGGGGUGUGACUUAAUUCUCUGUUUAGUUUAAUAGAAAGACUUUGCAAUGGUGAAAUAGGGGCAAGGACUUCUUGUUCAAUAGAAAACCAGGGAGGGGCUCUCUCAGGUGGAAGCGACCAAUGAGCCAAAUGCCUGAGACCGAACGCAUAAUAAUAAAAAAAAAAAAAUCUUUGGUAAGCCUAACCCACCUUUGUCAAUCGGCCUAUGUAAUCUGUUGGAAUGUAGUCUGGGACGUUUACCAUUCCAAAUGAAGGACUUCGCAAUUCUAUCAAAUUGCUUAAAAUAAGAGAGUGGGACAUCUAUAGGGAGUGACUGUAGCAGGUAGUUGAAUUUUGGAAUACAGUUAAUUUUAAUAACAUUAAUCUUCCCAAUCAUCGAUAAAUGUAAUGAAGCCCAUCUGUCCACAUCGCUCGAAAACUUUUUAAAGGGUCAAAAUGAACUCUAACCCAAAUAAAAUACCCAAAUACUUAAUGCCCUGUUUGGGCCAAUGAAAGGCGCCCGGCUGAAAGGCCGUUACUGGACAGUACGCAGUCAGAGAUAAAGCUUCGGAUUUAGACCAGUUGACUUUGAAUCCAGAGAAUUUGGAAAAGGAAUUAAUAAUUCUGUGGAGGCAAGGCAUAGAUCUAGUGGGGUUGGAGACGAAUAAUAAAAUAUCAUCUGUGUAAAGCAGAAGCUUAUGCGCCACACCUCCCGCCACCACCCCUGGAAAAUCAUCUUUCUUAUCGCGGCUGCUAAUGGUUCCAGGGCAAGACAGAACAAUAAUGGGGAAAGAGGGCAACCCUGCCGAGUGCCCCUAUCCAGAGUAAAAUAAUCUGAAAUUAGUCCAUUUGUUUGUACCGCUGCUACAGGGUGUCUAUAAAGUAACUUAAUCCAACCAAUGAAUGUACUCCCGAACCCAUACAUUUCUAAAAUCUUAAAAAGAUAAUCCCACUCUACCAUAUCAAAUGCCUUUUUGGCGUCAAGUGAAAUGGCAGCGACCGGAGACUGAUCAUUCGCUACUGACCAUGAUAUUAAUGAAAUGCCUGAUGUUAUCAGAAGAGCUGCGGCCCCAAAUAAACCCCACCUGAUCUAUAUGUAUAAGAGAUGUCAUAACCUUACUUAAACGAAGAGCCAAAAUUUUGCUAUUCUAGAGUAAAUCUUAUGGACUGAUGAAAAAAAUGUAUAGUCUCUACCAGAUGGGUUCAAAAGUCUCCAGAUAUCUGCAAGACCAAGAUUUUUACACAUCCUGUGAAGCGUCACUGUUGCUGUAGGGAGCUUACACACUUUUGCUUCACUAUGAUCAAGGACGGAGUCCAUCAAAAGAUUAAUGUCUCCUCCCAAUAUUAUAUCAUGAGAGGUGCCAGCGGCUUGCAGCAUCCCUUCAAGAUCUAUAAAAAAGCCCUGAUCAUCAGCGUUAGGCGCAUAAAUAUUAGCCAAAAUCAACCUUUGCCCCUGAAUUUCAGCUAAAACAAUAAUGACUCUUCCUAAUUUAUCUUUAAUCUGUUUGAGAAAUUUGAAUUGUAGAUGUUUACUUAUUAAUGAAAUGACUCCCCUGCUCUUACUUGAGCAAACACUAAAGAAAACAUGUCCACCCCAUAUCUUCCCAAAUUUUUCAGCUUUCUGCGGGGAAAGAUGUGUUUCUUGAAGAAACACUAUAUCAUAUCUUACAUUUAAGAAAAUAAAUAACCUUCCUUCUUUUUAUAGGGAGCCCCAACCCAUUCACAUUCCAUGUGGAGAGAGACAAUCCACUCAUAUUUACAUUUGACAUAUUGAUAUAAAAAAAUAAAAAAUUGUGUGUCAAAAACAAGAUUACACAGACCACAUUCCCCAUUAAUGCAACAAUCAAACCCCAAACUUCCCCCCGAACAAAACGUACAGAAAAAAGAAAAACGUGUGCAUUAACCCCGCGCACGACAGCGCCAACCGGUGUCAAUCCCUUAAAGAGUCCAUGUACGCCUAUGAGAGCCCCUGCGACAACUUUGCCAUCGGAUUGCUCAAGUCCGGUCCUUCUAUACAAAUUUUGUGAGGCAGAAUUACAUAACAGAAAAUACUUUGUAAAACAGACCCCAGCCAAAAGCUAAAGGAGUGUUAUUCAACAGAACAAGCUCCAGCCGCUAGGCGGAGCCAGCACGAAAAGCAAAACUGGCAUCCCGGUUCCUCGGAUGAUCAAGAGCCAAACUAACUCGGAGGCCGCAAAAAAAAAAAAAAAAAAAAAAAGACAAGAAAAAUGCACCAUAACUUACUCAGCCUGUCAACUUUAUAAAAGACGUCCUUUAUAUGAGCAUGUAGAUAUUUUGCAUCAUCCAAAGUGUCCAUUCUCGAUCUUGCCAGAAACUUCAGUGUAAAAAAGAUCUUCCGUCAAUGCAAAAGUUUCUUGGAGUCAUGCCACAAAACAAACUCCAGCCGCUAGGCGGAGCCAGCGCAAAAAGAAACAAAAAUGGCACCCAGCUUCCUCAGAUAAUAGAGUCCCUGAACCGCGAGUCAGUCCACUAAUAUAAGAAACAUCAAAUGGCUUACUCCAAUGUAUUUAUGAACGAGAGUGCCUGUUUUGGACAUGUAAAUACUUUGCGACCAUUCUUCGUUUCUAUUCUCAGUUUGGCCGGGAACAUCAGUGCAAAAGUGAUCUUCUGUUGGUGUAAGAGUUUCUUACAUUCCUUGAACCGAACGCGUUUCUCUCUUGUCGAAUUCGCUAAGUCCGGGAACAAGAAAACAUUGUGAUUCCUCCCAAGAAAGCUUUCCUUUGCUCCUCGCCUGGCGCAACACGAUAUCUUUACCGGAUGAUUUCAGAAAUUUGGCCAGAAUCGAUCGGGGCCUGUCUCCCUCAGCAGAUAUGUGAGCUGGGACUCUGUGAGCUCACUCGAUUUCCAGUUUAUGGCCUGUUAUGUCGAGCAGACUCGGGAAGAGCUCGUCCAGGAAUUUCAUCAUAUCUCUGCCCUCUUCAUGCUCAGGAAUUACAACUAUUCGUAUGUUAUUCCUUCGGCUCAUGUUUUCAAAAUAUUCCAGUUUUUCCUAAAUUAAUUCCAAAUCUGUUUUGGACGCGGGCGGAUUAGCAGAUAAUUCCCUUUCCGAUGACUCAAGAUAACAUCAGAAGUAGCUGUAAUUUAAUUACUGAAAAAUUAAGAGUAAUCACUUUACUUUUUUCAAUGAAAAUUGUAUUUAAUUACAGUAAUUAAUUACUUAGUAAUGCAUUACACUCAACACUAGUCGUAUGUGAAUGUCGGAGACGGUGAAAAGUCGGUUUAUGUCUCUCUCUCUCUUAAAGCUUCAUUUUCAUUCCUCUAAAAAUCAAAGAUAGCUAUUGGAAUAAGGUCCCCCAUCUUCCCUUGGUUAGACUAACAGUCCCGUCCCAAACGGGACUGCAGAGACAAUUUCAACAAAUCGCUUUAAGUAGCUACGUUUUUAUGGAUUCAUUUGAAAAUAUCAGGUAGAGUGUCUUAGACCAGGAACGGAUUGAGCACCCUUGGCCUACAGCAUCAAAUCAUACAUAAAACAUACCAUAAAAAUCUUGAGGUGCAAUGACAAACAAAAGUUAAGAUAUGACAAUUUCUGUUCAUGAUGAAUUGCAAUCUAGCUAGAAACACUUCUGUGAGUUCCCUACAUCGUCCCAGUGGUCGAAUUCAUAGCGUUUUUAUUUAUUUUUUAUUUAUUAAGUGUUGAUAAGGUACAGUUCGACUUAUUUAUGACUUGUCAUCUAACACAGUGUUUCUCAACUGGUGGGUAACAGGUCUAUUCGGACUUGGUCGCGAACAGCAGGGAAAGAACGAUGCCAUAGUUCUCCCUUGAAGAUUUUUCGGCGGCUGCCCAAGUGAUAGCCUAUUUAGGACUGCCGAGGCAGAUUUAAUGAUAAUCUCGCAGCUAAAGGCUUUUCAUCUGCACUGCGAUAUUUUCGAGGUGCGAAUAGCUUUCGUGUUCGUUUCCCUUUGCCCGUGUAAGGUCAUUCUUCUGCCUUUGCUCGCGCAAACACCUUUUAAUUUGGUCAGUCCUGGGGCAGGCUCUUGCUGUUUUGUUUGUAACCUCAAAUAUCAUUGGUUAUUAUCUUUUUCCGGAAGUCAGUUGUGUUUGGCUCCCUGUUACUACAAAGAACCAUAAACUCGCCUGUGCUUUGUGAGAGACAUUGCUUCAUCAAGGGACCCUCUGCAUGUUAGUCAUUAUUACUUUAUUUGUUGCUAAUAACAGGGCUGAUUUAAUGUAUCUUUGGAAGACACUUUUUAAAACAGGUAGGUUAGCUAGCUGUUUCAUUCUUGUGAUGUUACUAUAUACAGUAGAACUUAAAGAACUGCCAUGUAUUUAUAUAUAAUAUAUAAUCUGACUUAUGUCAUUGCAGUUGUAAGACACUUUAUAAUUAAUUGAAAAUUUGUGAGCCCAGGAAAAUAAAUAAUAGCCUUAUUAACAGGAUGUUGCAAAGUGUCUGCGUCUACAUUGGUGACUUUAAACCACUGAUUUCAAAGUUGCUAUUAGGGGACUAUCUUUAACUUCCAUAAUGUAUGUCACGUUAGAUAAAAAAGUAAAUUACUUGUACAUAUAAAUAAGCAUGCAAUAUACACAUUUUAGAGAAAGCAUUUUUUUAAUUUUUUUUAAUUUUUUUUAUCAGUCUAGAUAUUGCUAUCUUGUCAUUAUGCGUGGUUGAUUGUUUUAUAUGCUUUCCAUCCCUUGUACAAGGGUUCCUACCUGCACGUCACCCACAGCUAUGCUUUUAGGCCUGAAUUGUGCCUAAACUGUUAUUAAUAGCUGUAGUAUACUGCACCAAAAAUUCUAUUUCACAUUUUUUUUAAUAAUGUUUUUAUUUUUAAUCUUACAGUUUCUCCCAUGAAAAUAACAUGUUGUAAUAUAUAACAAAAUAUAUUAUUCCAAGGUCUGUGGCCUUCUCACAGUAUGCUAUGAUGCUAGAUAAAGAUGGUGAAGUAAUGCUAGAGCUUUUUUCCAAGACACUUGACCUGAGUAACUGCAGAUCUCUUUUGAAUAUUUUUGGAAGAUAUUUGGCCCACUCCAGUUUUAUGACCGGAUCAAGCAGAUGAUCACACAAAACUAAUACUGUUAAAAUAAAAUGUUAAAUAACCAGCAGUCUAUAUUCUCUGCACACACCUCCCCUGUUGAUCAGCCAUCCUGCUGAAUCAACUGUCUCGAUUUGCCACUUACUGGAGUCUUAUUGCAGUACUACGAUUUAUAAAAGAUAAAUUGUUCUAUGUAGUUCUACCUAACAUCACAAGAAUGCAAUAGCUAGCUAGUAAACUGUUAGUAAAAGUACUGUUUUUAAAGUGUCUGGUGAAGAUAAACAUUAUAUAGUAUGAA